AUGGAAGGCACUCACUGCACCCUCCAAUUGCACAAGCCCAUUACCGAACUCUGCUACAUCAGCUUCUAUCUUCCAAGGGGGGAAGUCAAAGGAUUUUCAUACAAGGGCACUGUAACUCUAGACAAAUCCAAUAAAGGCUUUCAUUACUGCUACCAAGUAAGGGAGGGGUCAGACAUCGUCAGCUUCAGUCAGCAGCCAAACGAACAUCCAGGCGACAUAUUUUUCAAGCAGACGCCUACGAAAGACAUUCUAACCGAGCUGUACAAACUCACAGCAGAGAGGGAGCGACUGCUGGCCAAUCUGCUGAGCUCAGACCAUAUCCUGGGGAUUACUAUGGGCAACCAGGAAGGGAAGAUGCCCGAGCUGUCCGUGAGCCUGGCACCCGAGGACGACUGUUUCCAGAGUGCUGGUGACUGGCGGGGGGAGCCCCCUUUAGGCCCCCUUAAUAAGAGGAGCACCCAUGGGAACAAAAAGCCCCGGAGGUUCGGUGGAAGGAGAGAGAGCUUUCAGACACUUCCGCAAAAAAGGAUAAGAAGAAAAGGGCAUGGAGGCCAGGAAUCGGCUCCUCAGGUGAGCAAAGACCAGGUCUAUUCCUGCAACUCCUUCCCUCCUCCUCAUGCAAGGCCCAACCUCCUAGAGGAGAAAGGAAACCUGCUCCCAAAUAGAGCACUUACCACAGCUCAGAAGAGGAGAGAGAGCUGCCCGGAGAUUCCCAGGACACUGGACACAGACUCUGGCUCUGGGAGCUUUGAAGUGGCUUCUGAGGACACUGGGCUUGGGAGAGAAGUGCCCCUGCCUGACCACAGCCCCAGCGAGAGAGGGAGUGAUGGAGCUCAGGGGCCCCGGAGGAGGAGGCCUCACAGGCUGGGGCAUCAGCAAACAGGUCUGUCUGAAAACCGCAAGGAUCCUGUGAAGCAUCCAGAGGCUGAGAGGGGCCUGAGGGAGAAAUCAGAGGAACAGACUUUCAGGAAGAAACCAGUUUCCAAAGUGGUGGCCAAAGUGCAGAAUCUGUCUGCUCAGGUGCAAAGAGUAGUUCAGACGGGUCUGGAAGGUGAGGAAAGGGUUGUCAUUUGUCCAGAAGCUCAAGCUGAGUUCAUACCUAAAGCUGACUUACUCACUCUCCCAGAAGCCACGGCUUCCAGGUUUGGGGGUGAAGAACAGCAAGGGGGCCAGUCAUUGCCCAGAUUGAGAGCCUCUACUUUCAGUACACCAGCAAGUGCCGAGGGGGCUGUGAACAAGGUCCUCCUGAAGGUGAUCGAGAGUGAGAAGUUAGAUGAGGCCACUAAAGGGAAAAGGCUGGGCUUCCCUCUCAGCAAAAAGGCCAUGCAUACUCUCCCAGAAAUCAGAAGCAAGAGGAAAACGAGGUUGCCUCUGAGUGGCCACAAAACCUUCUCUGUGGAUGUGCCCCACAGCGUAGGCCCCAACUCCUCACAACCUACAGGUGAUGGGAAGAGACCAUCCCCCCCAGCACUGGCAGCAGUAGGCAUGGUAUUAAAUAAUUCAGCCCCUCAGUCCCAGGCUGACACACAUAAACAGAUGCCACCUGUCUCCUCUCCUCUGUCUCCAAAGCUUCCCAGCCCUCAGCAGCAUCACAGGAUCCUCCGACUCCCACCACUGGCUGGUGAGAGGGAAGCUGCUCUUAAUGACUAUCUGGCUAGAAAGAGUGUUGCCAUCUCUGAGUGCCUGUCUGCUGACACCUUGGAGCCACCAUCCUCUUCAAAGGUCACGGAGACCAAAGGAGCCAACUCAGCCUCCCUCAGAGCAGGCCAACCUUGGCUGGUGCCUGGGGAAACUUUGGAAAAGAGCUUGGGGCCAGAGAAGACCAUAGCUGGGCUCCAGCACCAGUCAUCUCCAGGCAUCUCCUCCGAGGGCUUUCCCCGGGACUACUCCAACGAGCAGGCAGCAAAAGACCUUUCCAAUGGAGAUGGAGCUUCAUGGGUGUUGGGCUAUAGGUCAGGACCAGCCUGCCCAUUUCUGCUCCAUGAGGAGAAAGACAAGCCAAACAGAAGUGAUUUGUACUUGGACCUUCACCCAGACCAAAGCCCCACUGAGCAGGACGACAGGACUCCUGGCAGACUCCAAGCUGUCUGGCCACCCCCAAAAACAAAAGACGCUGAAGAAAAAGUAGGAUUGAAGUACACUGAAGCAGAAUACCAAGCUGCUAUUUUACACUUGAAGAGAGAACACAAAGAAGAAAUUGAAAACCUGCAGGCCCAGUUUGAACUUAGAGCCUUUCACAUCCGGGGCGAACACGCCGUGAUCACAGCGAAACUAGAGGAAACCAUUAAGAAUCUUAAGCAUGAGUUAGAGCACCGAUGGCGAGGAGGGUGUGAAGAAAGGAAAGAUGUGUCCAUCUCCACCGAUGAUGACUGCCCUCCGAAGACCUACAGAAACGUAUGCAUUCAGACAGACAGGGAGACCUUCCUCAAACCUAGUGAAGGUGAAAGCAAGACAAUGAGAAGCAACCAAAUAGUACCCAAAAAACUGAACAUCUCCUCUUUAAGUCAGCUUUCUCCCCAAAAUGACAAUAAGGACAUCCAUUCCCAACUGCAGUCUAUGGAAAGCAUCUCAACUAAUCAGCCGAAGGCAGCGCCGCCCCUUCCUGUGCCACCCCUGUCAGCACCUAUCCCUCCCCCUCCACCUCUUCCCCCUGGACUUGGACCUUUGCCACCAGCACCUCCUGCACCAUCUGUGAGUGCUGAGAUGCUCCCACCACCGCCUCCACCACCGCCCCUACCUCCAAGUGCUGGGCUUCCCCCUCCACCGCCUCCACCUCCACCGCCUAGUUUAUCUGCUCUGUCUACCAGUGGGGCUCCCCCUCCUGCUCCAGCGCUCCCAGGACUAGCACCUCCACCACCUCCUGGACUCUUCUUUGGAAUUGGGUCUUCUUCCAGCCAAUGUCCCCGGAAGCCAGCCAUCGAACCGAGCUGUCCCAUGAAGCCUUUGUAUUGGACGAGAAUACAAAUAAGUGAUAAGAGCCAAAAUGCAACACCAACGUUAUGGGAUUCCUUAGAAGAACCUGAUAUCCGGGAUACUAGUGAAUUUGAGUAUUUAUUCUCCAAAGACACAACUCAGCAGAAGAAAAAACCCCUGUCAGAGACUUACGAGAAAAAAAACAAGGUCAAAAAGAUCAUCAAGCUAUUGGAUGGAAAACGUUCUCAAACUGUGGGGAUCUUGAUAUCUAGUUUGCAUUUAGAAAUGAAGGAUAUCCAGCAGGCUAUUUUCAAUGUAGACGACUCUGUGGUUGAUCUGGAGACGCUGGCAGCGCUGUUUGAAAAUAGAGCCCAGGAGGAUGAGCUGGUUAAAAUAAGAAAGUAUUAUGAGACGUCCAAAGAAGAAGAACUGAAACUACUGGAUAAACCUGAACAAUUUUUACAUGAGUUAGCCCAGAUCCCCAAUUUUGCUGAACGUGCCCAGUGUAUAAUCUUCAGAUCUGUCUUUUCUGAAGGUAUCACCUCCUUGCACCGAAAAGUAGAAAUCAUCAUGCGAGCUUCUAAGGGUUUGCUGCACAUGAAGAGUGUGAAGGAUAUUUUAGCUCUCAUUCUGGCUUUUGGAAAUUACAUGAAUGGAGGAAAUAGGACUCGGGGACAAGCAGAUGGCUAUAGCUUAGAAAUUCUGCCCAAACUCAAGGAUGUCAAGAGUCGGGACACUGGGAUUAAUCUGGUGGACUAUGUCGUGAAGUAUUACCUGCGAUACUAUGACCAGGAUGCAGGAACAGAAAAGAGUGUGUUCCCCUUGCCUGAGCCACAGGAUUUCUUUCUGGCAUCCCAAGUCAAAUUUGAAGACCUCAUUAAAGAUUUGAGAAAACUGAAAAGACAACUAGAAGCAAGUGAGAAGCAGAUGAUGGUAGUAUGCAAGGAGUCUCCAAAGGAAUAUCUCCAGCCUUUCAAGGACAAGUUGGAAGAGUUCUUCCAUAAAGCCAAAAAGGAACAUAAAAUGGAAGAAGGCCACUUGGAAAAAGCACAGAAAAGCUUUGAGACCACAGUAGGGUAUUUUGGGAUGAAGCCAAAGUCCGGGGAGAAGGAGGUCACGCCCAACUAUGUGUUUAUGGUGUGGUACGAGUUCUGCAGCGACUUCAAGACCAUUUGGAAACGGGAGAGUAAAAACAUAUCUAAAGAAAGAUUGAAAAUGGCUCAGGAAUCAGUCAGCAAGUUGACAUCAGAGAAGAAAGUAGAGACAAAGAAAAUCAAUCCCACAGCUAGUCUGAAAGAAAGACUGCGUCAGAAGGAAGCCAGCGUGACCACCAACUAA